AUGAAAGGAAUUACAUUAAAUGAGGGGUUGGAAGCUGAGGAUCGCUCUAGGUCUCACCUUGAGAGUUUGUUGAACACAUCUCUACAAGGCGAAGGAAAGGCAGGCGAAAGGUUGGGUGUGGUACGCCAGUUCAACUUGUCCAUGCUCGAACUUGAUCUUGGUUCGGAUGUCUUUUCUCAACUUCACGUUGCAAGUCCUGGAGGUGAUGUUGCACCACAAGGGUGGCAGCGAGUGUUGAGCUUGGCAAAGAGGAAAAAGAGGCUUCCGACCGGAGACUCGCUGAUACAUCGAGUCAUCAUGUCAACUCGGCCUGAAAUCGGAAUGAAGCUGCUCAGCGAUCUAGAUGCAGACGACGAUGUCGUCAACGAUCCCUGCGGUUCAGACCUUCAAGAUGUUCGGCACGUCGAGCUGGAGGAUGAUGGUGGUCUCUUGACAGGCUGCACUUUGCUGCAUCUUGCGAUCCUCCGUCGUGAAACAGAGGCAGUAGAAGUUCUUCUGCAAAGGAAGGCUGACAUCUCUGCUCGAGUCAUCGGCAGUCACUUUCGUGCUGCCCACGUGUCGUCGCUCGUGUCUCCUGUGGAUGGGCUUUCGCGCCCUCUUCCGACCCUCUCUCUCACAGACAAGGUGGUCGACCUCCUCAUGGGCAAGGACAGGAGGAGCUGCGCUUCCGCGCGCAGGAGCAACAGGUGGUCAGCUUAUGACUUGGGAGAGUAUCCUCUCAGUCUUGCUGCUGCUACAAAUAACGUUGCAGUCUGCGACAAGAUCCUCGAGCACUUUCGCUCUUUGUCGAGGCAAGAGAAGGCGAGGAUCAGGUCGAAGCAGGAGAAGAUCUGUGCAGCCUUGCGCUCACCGCUGAUGACCUUUGAUGGAGACUUCAUCAUCAACAUGCAGGACGGUCUUGGAGACACGGCUCUGCAUAAGGCGGUUCUCCACAACCAGCUGGAGGCUGUUCAUUGGCUGCUCCGGCAUGGGGCCGCAUCCUCGUUAAGCGUUUGCAACCUGGAGGGUCUCACUCCCUUGACCCUCUCGGUGGCGACCAACAACGGGGGCAUGUUUGACUUGCUCGCCUCGCAGUGCUUCACUUCCCGUCAGAUCUGCUCGGACCUCUCGCCCAGCUUCGCAACUUCCCUGGAGCAGAUUGACACUUUUCUUUCCUCCUCGUCUCGUUGCCAUUCGCACCCGAGGUGGAAGAGUGCCGUUGAGCUUGCUGUGGAGCUGGAACAUUCCACAUUGGCCCAGCAUGAGCUCUUGGAUUUCGUCAUCACUGACAAGUGGCAGAAGUUUGGGAGGAGGCGAUACAUCACCACCAUGCUCUUGCCGCACCUCGCCUUCCUCGCCUCCCUCGUCUCCCUCAUCGUUCUUCGUGUUGGCACCGUCGUCACCUCGCCCGCCCUGGAAUCAGGGAUAGGAGUGCAGACCUGGUCGCAGUACUGGGACAACUUCAUCAAGGUGAAGGGGAGAGACGACGCAGGUCGCUACACGUCGGUGAUUCUUCACUGUCUUGUGCUCUGCUGGUGUCCCCUGAGGAUCUACAACUUCAUCAUGUUUCGGUUCGGAAAGCUUGGGCGGCACCUCAUCGCGCUCUUCGACACUUUUCAGCUCCUCCUCCACUUUGCGCUCCUCUGCUGCGUCUACCUCGCUUUCGCCUUCCGCCUGACGCAGAUGCCGGCGAGGGAGCUCGACUGCUGGGCCUUGGCUUCAGUCUUUGCUCUCUUUGUCUUCCUCAACUCGCUUGUCCCCUGCCGCCCGGUCAUGCAUCUGCUAUGGACGAUCUACCGGCUCGUCGCGGAGGACCUGAUGGCACUCGCUCUGCUCUACUCCAUGGCCUCCGUUUCCUUUGCAGUGGCAGCAUUACUGAAUCAGAAAGGUCUGAUCCUUGACAACGACUUCGCCUCUGCCCGUCUUGAUACCGGAUUGAUCUCGCUCCUAUGGACAGGAACGAGCAAGCUGCAGCCACGAGAGGCUUCGGGCACUGGGUCGCAGGGGUUGUCCCUCCUCUUUCAGCACGUGCAUGCAGCCGUGUGUGUUCUUCUGCUCUCGUUGCUCGUUGCUCUAGUCUUGUACAAGUGCGCCAGCAAGGAGGUCGAUCGCCACCUGCCCCUGCUGCUGGCUAGUCUAGUGCUUCAGCUGGAGGGACAGCUCAGCCGCUCGCAACGAGAACUUGUGGAGCAUCGGACAGGCGGAACGGAGGAGCCGUUGACCUCCCUCCGUCGCCUCAUGGGCUCUGAGAGGCAGCGGAAGAGGAGCGGAGAGAUUUUGAAGCUGUACAGGAGAGAGAGUCCUUGGGAGGGCGCGGAGGAGGAGGAGAGGGCAGGUUCUCAGGAGAUGAGGAUGUCUUCGGGGACGAGGCGAGUAGGGGAUGAGCUCGAAGCCCUCGAGGCGAAGGAGGUUGAGAUGCUGGAAUCCGACGGAAAGCUUUCCUUCCACCAGAUUGAAGGGAUAUCACUAGACUACAGAAGCAUGCACGACGAGGAAGAGAGGGUCUCUCGCAGAGGAGGCUCAGCGCUGGAGCUGCGGCAGGACGAGGGGGAGCACAUGCUCCUGUUCAGCUCGCCUGCUGUUCCUUCUCCUCAGAGAGCAUACCUUCCUGGCGCCACCGCCCGUCUUCCCCUCAAGCCCCUGCCGAGGAGCGUGACGAGAUAG